AUGGAGUCCUUUCUCGGUCUCGAUCUCACAAGGAACUAUUCCUUCUUCACAGUCCCAGCUGCAUUCUUCAUCAUCACGUUCCCUCACGCCUACACCAUCACCGCAGGUGCCAAAGGGACCUACGACAACUGUAACCCUCGUUCUCACAAGGACAGAAUCGCCAAUUGCCAGACUCUUGAUAAAUCUCAUAAACAAUUCCUCCUCCGUGCAAAAGCUGCCACAGAAAACGGCCUCGAAACUAUCGGUUGCUAUGCCGCAGGUAUCUUGGCCGCAAAUUUCGCAGCCGUACCAGCGCCAACAAUCAAUAUCCUCGGUCUCGGCUAUGUUGUGAGCCGUCUCCUGUACAACAUCGCUUACCUGUGGUUGCAGGAUAAUCCCCGACUAUCACGGGAGAGCCACAUGAGGGCUGGUGUAUACCUGAAUAGUCCAUAUGAAACCCAGCUGCAGUAUCAUGGAACCCUUCUCGAAUGUGGCACUUGUUUGCCCAUGGUUUUCUAUAAAGAUCCCCUCCUCUCAUGGAAACUUUGGCAACGGAAAGUCUUGGCCCAAGUCCGAUACAGAAGCUUCACAACUUUCAAAAUGUUUCCCAUCAACUAUCUCGUCUUACUUUUCGCCUCAACAGCCCUGGCCCUCCCUCACAACCCAGAGGCUUGCGACACGGAUGCCCCUGCUGUUACAGCUGCUCCCAAGGAGUCGUUCGACUGUGACUACAGUUAUUGUGGUGAUGAUGACGAUGUCUUGUGGUGCUUUCGCUUCAUCCCUUUCACCACCAUCAAUCCUACCCUGGGUCCUCUUCCUGGCGAGACAAGGGUUUCUAUCGGCAUGUGUGGUCCCAAGUCAGCAGACCCAAACCCAGUGGAUUGA